UCUCUCAGUAUGUUUCCCCGCUGCUGCAGCAGGCAGAGUAAAUGUUCACUCGCGCACCAUGACUUCUCGACCUCCUCUUUUCUUUUCAUACUCUACUGGUUGCUUUCCCUCCAAAACCAAGCCGUUCACUCAAGGCUGAUGGCUCACAGACUUCAGAUUUUUCUGUGAACUGACAUCGGACAUAAGGACCGCCUCUAGAAGAUGGAAAACUCCUCUGAAACUGACCUGUUUAAGUCCAAAAUAUCCAAAGAGAAUGAUUUGCUCCUGGGAAUCAUCUACUCCAUCUUUGGUGUGCUUUCUCUGAUGGGAAACUCCACUCUGCUGUUUGUCGCUUAUCGUAAGAAAUCAUCUCUAAAGCCGGCGGAGCUUUUCAUCAUCAAUCUCUCCAUCAGCGAUUUGGGCAUGACAGUCUUCCUCUUUCCCUUCGCCAUUCCCUCUGCCUUCGCUCACAGGUGGCUGUUCACGGAGGUGAUGUGCAUGUGUUAUGCCUUCUGUGGAGUUUUGUUCGGCCUCUGCAGCCUCAGCAAUCUGACCGUACUGUCCUGCGUGUGCUGGCUUAAAGUCUGCUGCCCAAACUACGGUAAUAAAUUCUCGUCGUGCCACGCUCGUCUGCUGGUGGUGGGUGUGUGGUGUUAUGCUGCAGUGUUUGCAGUGGGUCCUCUAUCAGGAUGGGGUCAGUACGGCUCUGAGCCCUACGGCACCGCCUGCUGCAUCGACUGGCACGCACCGAGCUCCAGCAGACCGGCCAUGAUCUACAUCGUCUGCCUCUUCUUCUUCUGCUAUAUCGUGCCCUGCUGCGUCAUCAUCCUCUCCUAUUCGCUCAUCCUGGUGACGGUACGAGGCGCUCAGCACGCGGUGCAGCAGCACAUCUCUCCUCAAAACAAGAUCUCCAAUGUGCAGACGCUUCUGGUCAAGCUUUCAGUGGCUGUAUGUUUUGGUUUUCUGAUGGCUUGGAGCCCGUACGCUGUAGUCUCCAUGUGGGCAGCCUUCACCGAACCAGACCUGGUCCCUCCGAUAGCAUUUGCCCUGGCGGCAAUGUUUGCCAAAUCCUCCACCCUCUACAACCCGAUGGUCUACCUCGUCUUCAAGCCCAGCUUCCGGAAAUCCCUGUGUCGUGAUGCCACAAAGUGCAAGAGGAAGCUCUGCCCCUGCAUGUGCCAAACAGACACACAACACCAAGGCACACCGAGCCUGAACACCAAGGACAAGUGCAAGCUCACAUGGGUCUCUAAUGGACUAAACGAGAGCCACCAGUCCUGCAGACACUGUCCAGAAAGACAGACAGGGAAUUACCUGGAUAUCACGCCUCAGAGGACAGCACGAGUCCUGACAGGAUCCACACACAACGAGGUGGCGCUCAGUCAACUGUCCAACGAGAUAAACAGCGACUUUCUGUAGACACUCACCAUGACAAACUGAUGGAGGAACGCCUCCAGUACACCAACAGGGGAAAUAGAGAUGCCUUAAAGUCCCAUACAAACAGCAAGAGGAUAUUGCGUCGUUUAACUCGCCAACUGAGCAAAAAAUAAUUUUAGGCUCUCUUGUAACAAGAAAAGGUUGAUUUGGUAGCAAAACUGAAUGACCAUUUAUACAACAAUGUUUUCAUGUCAAAACAGGAAACUUUUUAUACAGUUUUGCCUGUUUGUUUACACAACAACAUAAUUUUAGCAACAGAAAAUGCAUACAUUUUGAAAAGGCUGACAUUGCAGACACAGUCAGAGGUAGGAAUUUCAGCAGUCAGAUGUCCCACUUCCGACCUCAAUGUGUUCCAUUCAACUGUGCAUCACAGUUACAUUUUCACCAUGUAAGAUGUGAAUAUUCCAUGACAUUA